CCUCCCUCCUUCCCUCCUAUUUCCAGCCUCCAACCUCGCUGCACUGUGCAGACACACACACACACACACACACACCGCCCGCCGCUCCUCCAGCUCAGUGCUGCCCGCCGCGAAGAUGGUCGGCGGCGUGUGUGCUCGCAGGCUGGCCCGCCGGUCUCGGUCCGCCCUCAUCGUAGCCCUCACGGUGUUGCUGGUGCAGACGCUGAUCGUGUGGAACUUCAGCAGCCUCGACUCCGGUGAAGACAGUCGCGGAGACAGAGCCUCCAACGUGCGGGGGAAGAGGGACCGGGUAGCGGGCAACAAAGCCGCUGGCAGCGACUAUUUCCAGCAUGGAGCGCAGCGGCAGCGGCGGCAGCAUCUUCCGCCGACUGGAAGAGGAACAUCUCGUCACAUACAGCAGCCGGAUGGAUACUACUCCCACCGGCCAAAGGAGAAAAGCAGAGUGGACAGCAACAAUGAGAACUCUGUACCAAAAGAUUUUGACAACAUAGAUAAUAGUAACUUUGGUGCACGCUCCCAGCCGCAUCGGCAGACCGCCGGGGCUACCAGCAGGAGGCAGCAGCGAGAGCAUCUGCAGGACAAGGCUCAUGGCCAGCAGCACAUCUGGCGUGACAACUCUCCCAACCUGGUUCGCAGCUCCAAUGAAGUGCUACCUUUAAGCCACCGGCCACUGGCAGUCGCCAACAACUCACGCCCUGGUGGUCAAGGUGUGGGCGCAGGAGGGCCGCGGCAUCGUGCCUCGCAGCCCCAACACAGGCAUCAGCACCCACACAAAAAGCAGGCCACUGUAGCGUCCCUGGAGGUGACCUAUGAUCAACCGCCCAAGUGUGAAAUCAGUGGGAAGGAAGCCAUCUCAGCUCUGUCCAGGGCCAAGAGCAAGGACUGCAGGCAGCAGAUCGCGGAAGUGUACUGCAGACACAAGGAGGGCCAGUUAAUGCCUGAAAAGGUCACUCGCUCCUGCCCCUUAGAGGGCAAAGCCAAUACAAUCAUUCAGUGGGAUGAGGACUCUGCAGAGAACUUCCCAUCAAAUCCAGUGCGAAUAGCGUUUGUCUUGGUGGUGCAUGGACGAGCCUCUCGCCAGUUUCAGCGUCUCCUCAAAACCAUCUACCACACGUCCCACUACUACUACAUACACGUGGAUCAGCGCUCCAACUACCUCCAUCGGCAGGUAAAAGCCUUGGCUGCUCAAUAUCCCAACGUGAGGGUGACCCCAUGGCGCAUGGCCACCAUCUGGGGGGGUGCGAGUCUCCUCACCAUGUAUCUUCGAAGUAUGGCUGACCUGUUGUCUAUGAGGGACUGGAGCUGGGAUUUCUUCAUCAACCUCAGUGCGGCUGACUACCCUAUCAGGACAAACAACCAGCUGGUGGGCUUUUUGUCCAAAUACCGAGACAUGAACUUCAUCAAGUCCCAUGGCAGGGACAAUGCCAGGUUUAUCCGUAAACAAGGUCUGGAUCGUCUCUUCUACGAGUGUGACACCCACAUGUGGAGGCUGGGUGACCGUAAAAUCCCAGAGGGCAUCUCCGUGGACGGAGGCUCCGACUGGUUCCUUCUGAACCGCAUGUUUGUGGAAUAUGUCAUCAACUCUAAGGACAAUCUGGUCACCAACAUGAAGCGCUUCUACGCCUACACUCUGCUCCCUGCCGAGUCAUUCUUCCACACUGUGUUGGAGAACAGUGCCUACUGUGAGAGCAUGGUGGAUAACAACCUGCGCAUCACCAACUGGAAUCGUAAAUUGGGCUGUAAAUGCCAGUACAAGCACAUCGUUGACUGGUGCGGAUGUUCCCCUAAUGACUUCAAGCCUGUAGACUUCCACCGCUUUCAGCAAACGGUGCGUCCCACCUUCUUUGCCAGGAAGUUUGAAGCCAGCGUGAACCAGGAGAUAGUCAACCAUCUGGACGCCUACCUGUUUGGACCCUUUCCACCGGGGACGCCAGGCCUCAACUCGUACUGGGAGAAUCUGUACGACGAGCCAGAUGGUGUGGCCAGUCUGUCGGACACACAGCUCACCUACUAUCAUUCCUUCUCAAGAUUGGGCUUGGCCCGCGCUGCUGCCUCGCUGCAAGGCAACCCAGUGGAUCACAGCUGCAGGUACUUCCCCAUGGGCCACCCAGUGUCCGUGCAUUUCUAUUUUCAGUCGGACCAGUUCCAGGGCUACCUUGUCAGGCACCACGCCACCAAUUUGGCAACAAGCAAGCUAGAGACAAUGGAGACCUGGGUGGCACCGAAGAAGAUCUUCAAGUUCACCACUCCUCCAAAAAGCACAUUCGGCAGGUUGCAGUUUGCGGAGAUUGGUACAGAGUGGGAUGCCAAAGAACGAAUUUUCCGAAAUUUUGGCGGCCUGAUGGGCCCCAUGGAUGAGACGGUGGGAAUGCAGAAGUGGGCAAAGGGGCCUAACGUAACAGUAACAGUCGUGUGGAUCGACCCAACCAACGUCAUCGCGGCCACCUACGACAUUCUUAUCGAUGCCACUGCAGAGUUCACCCACUAUCGACCACCACUCAACCAGCCUCUGCGUCCUGGACUUUGGAGUGUCCGCAUCCUGCACCACUGGAGUCCUGUGGCUGAAAUGCACUUCCUUAUCACCCCUUUGGCCUAUAAUAAGCACCAACCUAUACGUCAAGAGGACACGCUGAAGCUGCACAAUGGGCCAUCCAAGAACAGCUACAUGGAGCAGAGUUUCCACGGCCUCAACCCAGUGCUCAAUAUCCCCGUCAGCCUGGCGUCCGUGGAGCAAGCCAAGAGAAAUGCCGCCCUGACCGGCCCAGAGCUGGAGCGCUGGGUUGACAGCCUGGUGGGUGAGCUGUGGGAGGCGGCAGAUAUCUGCGCAGUGGGCCAGACCGCCUGCCCCGUCAUGCAGGCUUGCCCCAAGAACCCUUGGAGCUCCCUAAGCCCCGACCCCAAAUCCCAACUGAGACCGCUGCAUGCUGAUGGGCACAUCAGGUAGCAGCGAGGCCUCCAGCUGGACAGGAGGCCGAUUCACUGUUGAUUUUUUUUUUUUGUUAUUAUUAUUAUUUAUUUAUGGGCUUGUUUGCAGUUGCUGGAGGGGCCAUAUAUUCUCUUUCUGUCUCAGGAGACGAAGGGAACAAAAGAAGGUGAUCAGUGUUAGCGAGAUCCACCCUGCUUUUAGGGGACUAUGCUGUCUUUGCCGUUUCAGUUUCGCAGUGUAUUUAUUUUGUCUUCUCGUGUGAGUUUUACUGUGAUCAGAACUUGCAAUUUCAAGCAUUUAUUUCGCUGCUCGGUGAAUUUUGAAUUUCAAUUUUUAAACGUGGGGGCACAGCAGCUCGUGUGACGCUCCACAAAAGGCCUUAGCUGCGCAGUACGUGAGCAGGAUGCCUGGUACCAGAUUAUUUUAUGUGCCUCCCACGGUUUGUCUCAGCAUAAACAGCACCAUAUCUGAGGUCGCGAAAGGUUUAUUUUGAUACAACUCCAAGAAGAACCAAUAUUCACUGCCUUUGAAACCGUUAGAAACAUUUGAUUUCUUGAAGACGCCAGUUACUGUAAUACAUAAUCAGUAGAGUAAAUAUGUCACACAACUUGUUGUAAUUGAGUGCCUGAUUAGGGACGGCGGUCGGCUGCUUUUAAAAAUGUGGAGCGAAGUGCAAAUACAAAGGCAUUCUCAGCUCAGUCGAAACGAUCAGAACAAAAACUUAAAUUGAGACAAUAUGGGGUUCAGCAUUCGUUAUAAUGUGCUGUAGCAAUUAGGAUUUUUCAUUCAUAAAUCGCACAUGUUAUAGAAUAAAUUAGUGGUUGUCUUGUCCAACUUGCUUUUCUCUGCCUCAAGGUUGAAACACAAGAAUUCCAAGCUGACUUUAAAUAUGAUCGUGAUCUUUUUCUUGUCAUUUCAUUGACAUUUUAUGUUGUACAGAAUUUUACAAAAGACGUUUCAAAUUUGUGUGAAUGAAGGUCCAUAAGUCGCUAUUUAAUUUAAAUUUAUUUUUAAACACUGAUAUUUUUAGUCAAUGACUAAAUAUUUGCAACGCUGCCUUGGCAGCAUGAUAAAUAUUUUUUUCUUUUUUUUUUAAACUGCCUUUAUUUACAAAGGCCAACGACCCGAACAUAUACUUUACCUUUAUACAGCCCACACCAAGGUGUCAGUAAGUGUUACUGUGUAAGAAUAGAUCUUCUAAAUCAACUCUUAACCUAAGAGGUUAAAGGUCAGCUACGUAGUAACCUCACCAAAACAGAGAUGGUGACCUCAAAAUGUGGAUGAAUCAAAGUUAGAAGCUUUUCAGUGUCGACCGCUUCCUAUGAGUUUCGAAAUACUCACACAUGGUUGUGGUUAUGCAGAUUUACAGGAAUAUUAUACUGCAUCUUCAUUGCGAAAAUGCACAUUUAGCUCAGAAGCUUUCCAUUCGUAUCAACAUUCAAAUUAUUUUAGCCAUCAUCAAGACAAUCGCCAACAAGUUCAUGACCGGGGGAAGUUGCGCCUCGACACGCUGAGCUCCUUCCUGCUCUCGUUUUAAUAAGAACAAUCAACUAGUGUCAAUUAGAUUUCAAUCUGUGUCUGUCAAGAAUAUUAAACUAGCAUUCAGGCAACUAUUUUUUUUUCAAGGUUCAUUUAGAGGUAUUACUGUUCAUUAAUGUCAAGUUCACCUUACCCCUCCCCUGAAAGCACACACCCCUCCCUCGCGCUAGAGGGGCUGAUUUCAAAAGGACAAUUUGUGGCUGUCUCUUGCCACUGAUUAAUACAAGAGUACAAUGCAGUGUUCACAACCAGUACACAAUACAUUGCAUUGCACACGCGUAUGUUAUGUAAAUUUGAUGGAAGUUUUGGUGAAAAGAAAAUUAUAAUAGGUGUAGCUUAGUGUAAGAGUCCUAUUUUGUAACACAAAUGAUCAACAAUGAAGCAGAUAUAUAGUGGUAUUUUGUACUGAACUAUUGUGUAAAAGAUGUACGUAUGUGUAAAUACAUAUGUGGUUAAACGGUACUGAUGGAUUUGAAGUUUUUGAUGUGGGCAAAGAGAGGGAUUUCUUGGUGUUUUUUUUUUAUAAAGUACAUAACCUGCUCCAGUCAUGGGGCUCAUUUGCCUCUCAGAGAAAAUCUCAUGCCGGAUUGUUGUUGUUCUUGCUUGAAUGUAUUGUCGAGCAACUGUUGCACAAAUUUCUCUGAACUCCGCCCAUCAUUUUGUGUCCUUUCUGGUGUUUUAUUUUUUUUCUCUGGGGAGGCUCUGUGUGCCUUAGCUGAAUUAUCAAACCUUCUCUGCCCCCAUAUAUAUAUAUAUAUAUAUAUAUAUAUAUAUAUAUAUA